GGUCGCUAUAGAUUGACGUCAAUGUCAUUAUUGUCUCACACAUGCGCAUGUUGAGACAUAUUUUAGAUCACUACCCUGGUAUAUUGACGGGUUAGUUUGGCUUUGAUUAUUGUCAUUAAAUACCCACUUGCUAACGGAUUUAUGUUUGAUGAGAUUGCGACACCCCCAUCGUUUGUAAAUAGCGUAUAUAUUGUGUUUUAGUGCCAAAACAAUGUUUGUUGUUAGCUAGCUUCUGUUCUGUACGUAAUGCCUACCAUUAACUAGCUAGCUAACGUAAGUUAGCAAGCAUAUUCGCGUCGUUUACAUAGUUAGCUAAUCAUUUACAAGUCCUGGCUGCAGUGAUUUUUGUUGACUUUCCUUUAGUGUCGUAGCCGGGCUUAUUCGUUUUUAAUUGAUAUACAAUUAUUAUUAACAUGAAGGUGCCUACUUCACUUGCUAAUUGUUGUGCUCUGAGUUUAACGGGUAACAUAAGCUAGCAAGCCAGCUAACAGUAAGUAUGCUGAGGACUUGUAGGUUGCUUUUCUGUGUACUGUUUUUUUUUUGUGAACAGUAUGGUUUUUCAGUUAGAAUUAAAUAAAUACGUAGCAAGGUUAUGAAGAUGGUUUUCAAAGUAUGACCACGGUAGUUAAUAUAAUCACACUUUGUGUUAAAUAGCUAGGUUAAACUGUAGCGGACAGAAUCGCUUCUGGUGAUUUUUAAAGUGAUAUAUUUUGGAUAAGCAACCCAAGAUGAAGGGGCAGCAGAAGAGCCCGGAUGAUGACGAUGGUGACGUACCAAUAAUCGAGGAAGGUGAGCACCAUAGAAAUUGUUCUAUGAUUUAUAAUAAUGGUACCAUUGCCACAGAAGGUGACCCAACCGCAAUCGCAACCAUCCAGUCUGCGGCCACCUUCUCAUCCGAUCAGCCAAUCAAGUACCUGUUCAAGGCGGAGGGAGGUGGGCUGCCGGUAGGGGAGCUGUACCCUCCCACAGGGCAGGUGACCUACCGGGUGAUCCAAGUGUCUGAUGGUCAGGUGGACGGGCAUGCAGACGGAGCAUCUGCUGUCAGCGUGGUGACUGGAUUCCCUGCCACGACGCAGUCAGUUACACAGGCUGUGUUUUCCCAGUCUGAAGGUUUGGACGGGGAGGCUUCAGAGACCCACUACUACUACCCCGUUUCUGACACCACACAAACCACCAUGAUGACCAAUGUCCAGGCUCCGGAGGCACUGCUCACUCAAAGCACACCUGGCGGUCAGCUGUAUGUUAUGAUGUCACCGCAGGAAGUUUUGAGUGGGGCCAACCAAGGGUCCAUAGCAGCCUGCACAAAAAUAUCUAACAGCAAGUCAGAACCUCCUCGUGCAUCUAGAGACGACAAGAGACGCGCUCAACAUAAUGAGGUUGAGCGUAGACGUAGAGAUAAGAUAAACAACUGGAUCGUCCAGCUGUCCAAAACCAUCCCAGACUGUACCUUGGACGCUACGAAGAAUGGACAGAGUAAAGGAGGGAUCCUGUCCAAGGCCUGCGACUACAUCCAGGAGCUGCGCCAGAGCAACGCCAGAUUGGGGGAGGACCUGGAGACUUUGGAGAGGCUCCGCAUGGACAACCAGCUGCUUCGACAUGAGGUCGAUGACUGGAAAACCAAGAACCAGAUGCUUAGGAGCCAGCUGCGACAGAAUGGCAUUGUGGGACUGGCUGGAGUGGAUCCACAGUGAGCGGGCCCUGUUUGAAUGGUCCCAAACGGCAACUGAACUUUCUGCACUUCCUUGAGGUAGUAACUGAUCUGUAUGUGAUUGGAGCAGCAGUAACAAGGGUCCAUUAACACGCCUCACACCAACUCCGUCCCCUUAGAGCUGUAAGUUAAUCAAGGAAGGCAGGAAGAAAGACUGGAAAACAGGAAGAAAUUAUGUACUAGGGAGGUAUUCGACCGAGGCCUUGGAUGCUGUGGACAACUGAACUUUUAAAUGACUGCACUGGUCAGUAAAUGUGAAUGCAGAGCAGCGUUGAUUGCAGCAUAUCGGGACUGCUGUCUUUUUGGAAAUGUCUUUCAAAAAAAAAAAAUCUACAGACUUUCUGUGAUCACUUUAUAUUUAUCCUACCUGGAGUUAUACAACAUACACUCAUCUGUUUUGUUUUAUCAACUUUUCAUUAAAAAUGUAUUUUGUAUCACUGAAAACUACUUUCCCAUUUAUGGAUAUACUGUAUAUACAUUCACUUGCAAACAAAUUAUUAGGGAUUACAAAUAUAAAUGCUUUUAAAAUAAAACCUAUUAUGGAAACUUUUGAAAUGCUAGAUGGAAUCAGUAUUUAUUGGUUUCGGCACUGCUAACAGCUGGCACUGGUGUUUGCAUCAUUUCUAAUAAAGAUCACUGAGCCCAAA